AUGCCCAACCUAUUUAUAUUACGUUUCACUGUUACAUAAGAGCGCUGCUGCCUGCGUAUAGCGCGGAUCUUUGGUCCUGUUACAGUUUCUGCCUGCGUUCACCAGUGAGAUGCCUUCUGAGAAGCUCGAGACUUCAGACGAUGCUAAGCCUGUUGACAAUGGCAAGGCAACGGAAUUCAUUACCUCAGCAUUAAAGGGACUAGAGACAAUUGAACCUCUGGUGCGCUCGGUACAAGAGACACCAGAGCCGAUAUCCACUGAAGUACAAGGUACCAUCCCCUCCUGGAUCAACGGCAAACUCCUGCGCAAUGGCCCGGGGAAGUUUGAGUUUGGAAACACACACUACAACCACUGGUUCGAUGGGAUGGCCAUGCUACACCAGUUCAAGAUCCACCAAGGUCAGGUGACGUACAUGAGUCGGUUCCUGGACAGCGAUGCCUACAAAAACAACUGCGAAAAGGAUCGCAUCGUGAUGUCAGAAUUUGGUACCUUGGCCAUGCCCGACCCCUGUAAGAACUUCUUCCAGCGCUUCCUGUCUCGCUUUGAAAUGAUAACACCAACGGACAAUGCCAGUGUGAGCUUUGUGAAGUACAAGGGUGACUACUUUGUCAGCACAGAGACUAAUUUUAUGCACAAAGUGAACCCAGAGAACUUAGAAACAUUGGAAAAGGUAGACUGGAGCAAAUUCAUUGCUGUGAAUGGAGCCACUGCCCACCCACACUAUGACCCCGACGGUACCAGCUACAAUAUGGGUAACUCCUAUGGAAGCAAAGGAGCCCUGUACAACAUCAUCAGAGUGCCUCCUGAGAAGACAGAUGCCAAAGACACCCUUCAGGGAACCAAAAUACUUUGCUCUAUUGUGCCUGCAAACAAGUCCCAUCCCUCCUACUAUCACAGCUUUGCCAUGUCGGAGAACUACGUGGUGUUCAUUGAGCAGCCGAUCAAGAUGGACCUGAUGAAGAUAGUCACAUGCAAGCUGAGGGGGAAGGCUAUGAGUGACGGCAUCUACUGGGAUCCCAAACUGGAAACGGUCUUCCAUGUCGUUAACAAGAAGAACGGGGAGGUCAUCCCGGUGAAGUACCACACCAAAGCCAUCUCCACCUUCCAUCAGAUCAACGCCUUCGAGGAAGAUGGAUUCUUGAUGAUCGACCUGUGCUGCUCAGACGACGGCCAAGCCAUCAACAACUACCUCAUCCAGAACCUACGCAAGUCGGGGGACGCCUUAGAUGAGGUGUACAACACCAUGUGCAGGGUAUUCCCUCGGCGUUUUGUUCUUCCCCUCAACGUGACCGGUGACACCCCAACGGACCAGAACCUGAACACGCGGCUCUCCAGCUCAGCGACGUGUGUCAAAGUCAGCAACGACAAGGUGUUCUGCCAACACGAGGAUCUCCAUGGAGAUGACCUCCACGAGUACGGAGGCCUUGAGUUCCCUCAGAUCAACUACGGAAGAAACAACACGCGGCCCUACCGCUACUUCUAUGGCUGUGGCUUCAGACACCUGGUGGGAGACUCACUGCUCAAGAUGGACCUGAAGGACAAUACAUUCAAGGUGUGGCAGCAGAAGGGUUUCUUCCCUUCAGAGCCUGCGUUUGUGCCGUCACCUGAUGCCGUGGAAGAGGACGAAGGAGUCAUCCUCUCCGUGGUCCUCACCCCCUCACAGGAUAAAGGAGCAUUCCUCUUGGUUUUGGAUUCAAAGAGCUUUGAAGAACUGGCAAGAGCUUACGUGCCUGUUAACAUGGCUUAUGGCUUCCAUGGUACCUUCGACGCCUCUGCAUAACCCUGUUUCUGUUACAUACAUUUCUUUAAUGAAUGUAGUAGCAGCAAUACGUAAAACCACUAAUUCCCACUAUAACCACUGUAUUUCUGGUGCGAUAUUUAAAGAAAGGUGCAGUGUUCUGUUUAGCCGUGCCUCCACUCGACUCACUAAUUAUACCGGGUCCUGUUCCUUCAGAAAGUGUUGCCUCAGCUCAGCAGGGAUCAUCGGAUCGGCGUAACAACAGCGUGUAAAACGGCUGUGACGUCCUCUUAAGAACCUUAAAUGAGUCUCUGAAUCAUCUCAAAGGCUACCAAACCAAGGAACCCCUGCACAGAUGUAAGGUACAUUUUGCAAGCCUUUUUUUUAAUCAUGGUGGAAUGCAUUACAGGUCGCGGUUGCUAUGGAGUGUAGCUUGGGUAUUAUAUGCUGCACACUGCAUAGGAUUGGGUGGUAUCCAGCAGUUUGGUGUGUUGCACUACUUUUCUAAACAGAUUUUUGGUUUGUAGUAACAUACAACUGUAGACUAAUGACCCCCAAUGAACCAAAGAUACUCAUUAUGUUUAAUAACUAUUGUUAUUGUAUAUCUCUGGACGACUAAACGUCGGGCAUCAAACUUGUGAUUUUCAGGUCACACAAUGCUUAAACCACCACAAGUGUCAAACAAAGCUUUUCUUUUAACACAUUUUUUGGUUACUUAAACAAUGUUUUGUAUAUUGUAUUUUUUACAGAGUUUAUACUCAUUUGACAAUGUAAUAACCUCCGUUAUUGUGUGUUUCCAAAGUUAUGGUGCAUCAGUAUGUAAAAAUGCUGUUUCAUAACUUGAUGAUUAAUAUUCCAUUUAGUGCAUUAUACUGAAAAAAAUGGAAAGUUAUACAUUUCGGUUUUGAAACUCUAGAAAACUUAAUCUCUAAAUGGUUUGAAAGUUCAAAGCCAAAUAUUGGUUAAUAGUGUCACGGGGCAAGAGUUAAAUCAUGAGAAAUAGUUGUGUUUCUUAAUACGGAUUCAUCCACAGUGAGUCUAGAAUCAGGCCAACGGCACUGCAGCAGAUAAUAGACCCAUGAAAAUGAUCUUAACGUCAAAUGCUCAAAAGACAUUUGUUUGAGAAUUUUCUUAUGCCAAUACACUGUAAUGUACACAUGAAGACUGUGAAAGCACUGUCCUUUCACUCCUUAGGUACAUUUUAAUUACAUUUUAAUUACAUAUAGACAUUUUGCCAAACCCAAGGUAUAUUCUUUAUAUAUAUUAUUCCUGAGAUUAAGUUUCUAUAAACUGUUUUACUGGAGAAUUUUAAUCGCUGUGUGAGUAACAAGUGGACCAAAGCAGCUUAAAGCUGAUUUGAAACUAAUGUGUUAUGUGGAAAAAAAAGGUAAACCAAUAAAACUUUGUGUUAA